CCAGGAUUUCUUAUUACUCUCAUGACAAGCAAAUGAAAUUUCUUUGCAGAGUUAUUUUAAGCUGUGAUCCUUUGUGUUUUCCAUACUCCAUCCAGGAUUUUUCAACAAAGAUAUUCUUGUUGGUAUUUCUUAUCCUUGUCGUCACCCCGCUGACAGACAAAGACACCGACCUGAUCUCCAACAGACCGGUGCUGUGUUACCGAUGCCCACCGGUGACCUUUCUGCAGGCCUCCGGCUCGUUCGUUACAUGCGCGUCAUGGAACGCUCAAGUCCUCAACAAAGGUUCACCAGAGAAAAAUCCAGUAUGCCGUAGCAGCAGCUCACCUGGCACCCUCUCCGGUAUUUCUGCAGUUUCCUGUUGCGCAGAGCGCAGCAGCUGCAGCGCAGCAGGGAUGAAGUUUGAGCUGAAAGACUCAUCCUGGAAUCACAGCGCAGACGGAGAGUUCAACGGUCACACUGAGAAGAGGCCAUUGGGAAGACCCAAUACACCAUGGAGGGACUAUGUUUCUUGGCUGGCCUGGGUUUCCUCCAGCAGAACUGGAGGUGUCCGGAGAGAGGGAAGUCUGGGAGUCUCUGCUGAGACUGCCGCCCCAUGGACAAGUCGCAGACGAGAUUUUUUACCGCUCAUAUUAACGGAGCUGUGUAUUCUUUUCAAUGCGGGCCCCUGGCUGGCGAGCGGCGAUGCUUCUGCGCUGACUUAUGAAGGCAGGGACCCGAUCAGCGGCAGAGCGGUGCAGUGUGACCGCUGCCCGCCGGGGACCUUCCUGCGCGCCACAUGCUCCUCCGUUAAAAAGAGCGAGUGCUCUCCGUGUCCGCAGGGCUCCUUCACGGAGCUCUGGAAUUACAUCGGAAGAUGUUUGCGCUGCGGUGUCUGCGGAAGGAACCAGGUGGUGAAGAAGGAGUGCACCGCAGACAGCGACUGUCAGUGCGAGUGCAAAGAAGGAUACUUCUACGACCAGAGAUAUGAAACCUGCCUUCCACACAAAGAGUGUCCCUCUGGAUCUGGGGUUCUCGCCAAAGGUACACCCGUGAAAGACACAGUGUGCAGCAUCUGCUCUCCUGGGACCUUCUCCAACAUUUCAUCCACUGACCGAAGCUGCGCUCAGCACAGGAACUGCAGCGAAGCAGGGCUGGUGUUGGUACUGAAGGGCUCCACUUGGCAUGAUAAUGUGUGCGCAAACUGCGGAGAGCUCAAAGAUGGGGCAAUGUAUCUCAAAGAAAUCAUCCCAGCCUUUUUCAUGCAUCAUCCAAUGAAAAUCCAACGGCUGCGUCGAAUCGUGCAAAGGCUUCCAUCUGAGGAUGAAAAAAAGCAGGGAAGACCUUCGGAGCUCAGCUUCUCAAAACUACACUCACAAAUCAGCAGUUGGGUUUCAUCUGCCACCCCAGAGCAAAUCUGGCAGCUUUCAGCAGUUCUGCUUAAAAACAAGGCCAUCCAUGCUGGGGAAAAACUACAGAGAAAGUUGAAUAGAAUUGUCAAUAAUCUAUCAAUGCAAUGUGAGGGAGGUAGAUAGCUUUAGUGGUAAGAAAUAUCUUCUGGAUGUGUCCAAUGUUUCACAGGCUAUAAAAACUUUGUGUCAUAUUAAAUUCCCUCCUCUUUGUAGAGACUUCUUUUUAUGAAAACAUUGAGUCAAAGUUAGAUUAGUAUAGGUUAUUUUGCUCACAAACACACAGUUUUUCUUGUUUUAAAUAAUUUUUUGGAGAUAGUUUUUUUUCACCCA